AGAAUUUUGCCGAUCGUUCGAGCUCGAGAGCUGAGACGGCUGAGGGGGGGGAUCGUCGAUCCGGGAGAAAUGGCGACGGAGGAGGAAGGAGACGGGGGACGAGCAGGACCCUUCGGGAUUGGAAUCGGAAUCGAGAGCCACUGGUGGUGGGCGAUGGGCGGCGCCGCCCAGCUCGGUUUGGGGAUAUCGUCGUGCCUGAGGGGUUACGCCGGCGGCCCGGGCCUCAUGCCUUUGAAGGCCGCCGCCGUCGCCUCCCUCUUCGUCGGCGCCACCGCCUGCGCCUCCGUCGCCGCCCUCCAUGCUUCCGGAAUCCGCAAGGUUGAAGAUCUCAUUGAGUUAGGUGCUAAUAUAAGGACUAACCUCGGGAAUCCUGCAGAUGCACAGGUGAAUGAGAGGAAAUCCGAUGAUCGAUGACAAGAAUCUCGAUGGCACAUGACAAGAGGAUGUGUGGGAAACUCCAGUUACGUAAUGUUGGCGACGAUGGAAUUUGGUGUGAUCCCACUUCAUCUGAUCUAAUUGCCUUUCUGCUGCCCACUGCACAUAACACUAGUGAUUUCAUUUAUAUCUUGAACUCAUCUUUCGGUAGUGGGCAAGCACAAGAUGAAUAGGAUUUCCUUUUUCGCUUGCUGCUAGAAAUGCCGAGUACAAUCAAGGGACAAUCACGGGACAGGCAAAUACUUGCAUGAAUCGUGAUUGUUCGGUUUCUCAAGUGAUGAAGCAAAACUUCAGGUUUGAGGUUCUCUGCAGGGAGCAACUCGUUUGGUGGGGUUUGGGACAUCUUAACUCAAAUGUUAUUUCUCAACUCAGAUAAAUUGUCAAGAGGGCUCUUGAUGUAUG